CCGCUCCCUGGAGGGGAGGGGGGAUAGGACUCCUGCAGUUGGGUCCCAGAGUGGAGGGGAAGGUCUGGAAGCCUGUGGAGCCUGGGGAGGACCGCGGGAGGCGUGUUCCUCCGGAGUUUGCUUUUGCUUGGGAGACUCGCGCGCGCACACCCAGUGCUCUAGCCGGGCGACCGUGCGGGGGAGGUGAGGAGCCUCUCUCUGAUCCACUGGAUCGUCGCCGCCGGAGGUUGCAGGCUGGGCGAGAUCUCCCCCAAAGGAGCCGGGCCCUGCUGGAGAAGUUUCCUCAAGUCGAGGCAGCGCUGCAGCCCCAGUCACCCGCCACCCUGCGCGCCAGCCUCGUUCUUCCACUCCGGCUCCGGCUGGCCCAGGCGCGGACCUGGCUGGCGGUGUCUGCGUCCUAAGAGCUCCAAGGUGAAAGAAAGAAGGGUGUAAAAACGACAUAAGACAUUUCCUCCCAUUUAAGAUGGAUACGUUUUGCCUCGUGGCAUCCUUUUGGCUGGCCCUGGCAGGAGGCGUAAUCAGUGGCAGUCCUGAGGGAUACAGCAUGAAUCUAAGCAGCCACGCGGAGAACUUCACUCCUUAUCCAGGAACAGAGUUCAACUUCCUGGGUACCACUCACCGACCCACCAAUCUGGUCCUGCCCAGCAAUGGCUCAAUGCACAGCUACUGCCCACAGCAGACUAAAAUCACGUCUGCUUUCAAAUACAUUACCACUGUGAUAUCCUGCACCAUCUUCAUCGUGGGAAUGGUAGGGAACGCGACUCUGCUUAGGAUCAUUUACCAGAACAAGUGCAUGAGGAACGGUCCCAAUGCGCUCAUAGCCAGCCUGGCCCUAGGAGACCUUAUCUACGUGGUUAUUGAUCUCCCCAUCAAUGUGUUCAAGCUGUUGGCGGGGCGCUGGCCUUUUGACCACAACGAUUUUGGAGUGUUCCUCUGCAAGCUGUUCCCCUUUUUGCAGAAGUCCUCCGUGGGCAUCACCGUCUUGAAUCUCUGCGCUCUCAGUGUCGACAGGUACAGAGCAGUGGCCUCCUGGAGUCGAGUUCAAGGAAUCGGGAUCCCCCUGAUUACCGCCAUUGAAAUCGUCUCCAUCUGGAUCCUUUCCUUCAUCCUGGCCAUCCCAGAAGCCAUCGGCUUUGUCAUGGUACCCUUCGAAUACAGGGGCGAGCAGCACCGCACCUGCAUGCUCAACGCCACAACCAGGUUCAUGGAGUUUUACCAAGACGUGAAGGACUGGUGGCUCUUCGGGUUCUAUUUCUGCAUGCCCUUGGUGUGCACGGCGAUCUUCUACACCCUCAUGACCUGUGAGAUGCUCAACAGGAGGAAUGGCAGCUUGCGGAUUGCCCUCAGCGAGCACCUCAAGCAGCGCCGAGAAGUGGCGAAGACGGUCUUCUGUUUGGUCGUCAUCUUUGCCCUCUGCUGGUUCCCUCUUCACCUAAGCCGCAUUUUGAAGAAGACCGUGUAUGAUGAGACGGAUAAGAACCGAUGUGAACUGCUCAGCUUCUUGUUGCUCAUGGAUUACAUUGGUAUCAACUUGGCAACCAUGAAUUCUUGCAUAAACCCAAUAGCUCUAUAUUUUGUGAGCAAGAAAUUCAAAAAUUGUUUCCAGUCCUGCCUCUGUUGCUGUUGUCACCAGUCCAAAAGCCUCAUGACCUCGGUCCCCAUGAACGGAACAAGCAUCCAGUGGAAGAACCAUGACCAGAACAAUCACAACACAGAACGGAGCAGCCACAAGGACAGCAUGAACUAAUGCCCUGCAGAAGCACCAGGCACCACCGUCUUCAAGUCCUCUCGGAGAGACGGGCACACAGCAGCGGGCCUCCUUAGCCCUCCCAAGCUCUCUCCCCCGCCCUUCGCUAACCGCAGCCCGUGGGUCUCUCCUAAGUACUCUAUAUGACCUGCACAUUCUGCAUGUCAUAUCCAACACUUGAAAAUUAUGAGAGCUGAGGGAGGAAGGAGAUCAUUCAAGGAAACCACACAAUGUCUGCAGUCUUUGCAUGAACACAGAGUUUGCAAGUUCAUGACCAGCUUUCGUGCAGUCCUAUGGAACAGCCAGUGAGAAAGGUUGUCACUGGGCUCUAGAGCAGCAGUUCUCAGCCUUCCUGAUGCUGCCACCCUUGAGUACAGUUCCUCAUGCUGCAGUGACCCCCAACCACAAAAUCAUUUUUGUCACUACCCCAUAACUGUUAUUUUGCUGUUAUGAAUAGUAAUGCAAAUAUCUGAUGUUUCUUACGACCUUGGGUGACCCCUCUGAAAGGGUCAUUCAACCCCCAAAGGGGGGUGUCUCGAUCCACAGGUUGAGAACCACUGAUCUAGAUGCUGGGUUUAAUGGCACAUGCCUGUAAUCCCAGAAUUGAAGAAAUGAGGCAAAGAUAAUCAGGAGCUCGAGGUUAGCCUCAUCCGAGUGGUUCAAAAAAGCCUGGGCUAUGUGAGAUUCUGUCUCAGAGGCACAAACAGACAAAAGAGAGUUUAGACAUUAUGACAAGAUUCUUUUCUUUAGCCAAACACACUGUGAGGUUAAAGCACAUUUUUGGAACUGUCAUUCAGUGUUAAUAUCUUAUAAUUGCAUGAUACCCUAGGAGUGAUUAUUCCACCUUAUUUAUAUAUACUGAGAGGAGGAGGAGGAGGAGGCACCAGACGAACAGUUACGUUGUUUCUGUGUCACUGUUUUAUUGUAAAACAUGAAUUCUAAAGCUGCCACAAGUACAGCCAUGAACUGGGAGUCACCGGAGCGGUUUAGUAUGUGCCAACCAAAGAAUUUUUAAGAACCUGUAUUUUUUCUUUCCUUCCUUUUUUUAAACAAGGUUUUUAUUAGAGCAUAUUUGGGUUUUGUUUUGUUUCAAUUUUGAGACAGGGCUUUGCUAUAUGGGCCAAGCUAGCCCCUGAAUUCACAGAGAUCCACCCACCUCUGCCUCACAAGUGUUGGGAUUAAGGGCAUGUGCCACUGCGUGUGACUUAAGCGUAUUUUUAUGUUAAUUUUUUUUAAAAAAAGAUACUUGGGAGCUGGGCAAGAUGGCACAUGCCACAUGCUUAAUGCUCUUAACACCUGGGAGGCUGAGGUAGGGUGAUUUUGAGUGGAAAAUUGCCUGUAGUAAGUACAAAGAUUCCACCUUAAAAAUAAUAGCUGUUAAUAAUAAUACUGACAUUCAAUGGUUCUGUUUUUAAGCCUGUCUUUUUAAAUGAGAGACCAUGUCCUAACACUUACAUGAGUCACUGAAGUAUGCCUGAGACUUCUAGUGUCAUGUCUGAUGCAUACGUAGGAGGAAAAUGCUGAAUAUUUUUUGAGAACCUAAAAAUUUUCUUUACGUUCUAUCAUAAUAACACAUAUAUAAUACGCAGUCCAUUUUAUGCUCUCAAUUUCUUCUACAAUGAUGACUGACUACAAGGCUUUCCUGAUCGUCCCUUUUUCCAGACAGGAAAAGGUUUCAAAGUGGCCAAAUGAGCUGAUAAUGUUGACUUAAAUGAGCUGAUAAUGUUGACUGAAAUGUAGUUAACCCUUUGUGAACCUUCAACUCUUCGCUCUUCUCUGAUAGGAACUAAAUCUCCUUUCUGUCCCCAGAUCCCCAAUGGUCACCAUUUCAAAGGGCCCACAGUAACUCUACUGGGCAUUUCCCCAGAUGUUUACAGACUGUGAGAAUGACAAAAUAUCUUUUAUUUUGUAUGUAUAUAAAUAUAUAACUAAUUGUACAUUUCUUUUAGCCAACUUUUCUGUGAUAGUCUCUAUGGAGUGUGUGUGUGCGUGCACGCGUGUAAUGGUACAGAUGGAUUUAGUAUAAUCUUAGAAUGCCCUGUGUUUGUGCCAAAGUACAUGUUGGGAGCUGACUGUUGAUAAUACAGCCCACUUUGGUCAGUUUUCACACAUAAGAAUCUCAAGUGUUCCAUAUUUGUAACCCAGUUAGCAUUACAGAUUAUGGGAGGCAUCGUGCAAGCGAAUGACUCGUAGGCUAACAGUAGGGGAUUUUAUCAGGUUGAAUGAUUUGAAAACACAGUAGUCGGGUCAUGGGGUUGGAAGUAUUAUACUUUUCUCUUUAUUUCCAUGUGGGUGUUUGUUUGUUUUUUAUGCGUGAGAGUGUUUUAUUUUUUGCACUGGGGAUUAAGCCCAUGACCUCACAUAUGUUAGGCAAGGGCUCUCACUGAGCUACAUCCCCAACCCAGUAUUACUUUGUGGUGCAACUGACAAGUUGCCUGGAGUUUCUGUCGUAUGCCAAUGGGUAGAGUAUUUGUGAGAAACUAGUUGUCAGCCUGUCGUGUCAUAUAUUAUUGCAUCAGGCUCUGGUUGCUUGGACUUCAGGGCUGAGAAAUACUAUCCCUCUGUGUGUUAGUAGCCAAGUUCCACUGCAGCUCUGGAGUGUCGCACACCUAUGCAUGCCCAUCGUUAGACAUAGAUGCACAGUUUGUUUAUUGUCCUUUUAAAGAUGCUCUUUUACAUAGAAAAUGUAUUUUUAAAUUCAGAACAUCAUAAACCUGAAUACACAGGCUUUGGUGUGCAUUUUGUUUAGGACUGGUAACUAUGGUUCACUCAUACAAACAGUUCUAAUUUCUACCUUUACCACGUUUCUGACAAAUAACUUUGUAGACAUGAGCCGGAAGCUAAGGGCCUGAGUUGGUAGUGGUCCAUUAAACAGAAAAUAAAGGUUUACAGAAGAUCAAAAA